GACGGUGACCCAGUUCACCCGAGGACCGCCUGCUGAUGAUGAUCAAAGGAUGAACCCAUUGAAAUUUUUAAAAUGACAUUAUAACAUCUGUUUGCAGGUUUUUUUUUUCAAAAAAAUAUUUGGGUCUGAAACAGCUCACAAUAGCUGAAAGACAAAGUGUGUGUGUGUGUGUGUGAGAAAGAGAGAGAGAGAGAGAGAGAGAGAGAGGAAGGAAGAGGGAGGGACUGAGAGGAAAGUGAGGAGCAGGAGUUUUAGGCUUUCUAAACAUCUGGAUAUCUGGCUGGACCCGCAGAGAGAGAGAGAGAGACGAAGAGUUUGGAUGUAUGGAGAUUGAGCUGAACGCAGAGGAAAAUAUCGAUUAAAAACACAUUAAAGGAGGAGAGAAGAAGAGGAGGAGAAAGUUAUUUUCCUAACGGGACAGGAGGACCACUGGACUGACCAGCAGGAAUGUUGCCGGUGAUCCUGACAGUUUACCUCAAUGACACCCAACAGAUGCUGACUGAGGUCCCAGUUACCCCAGCAACCAGAGUGGUUGACGUGGUGGAAUACUGUAAAGAGGCCGGCGAGGGGGAGUGUCACCUCGCUGAAGUGUGGAAAGGGCAUGAGCGAGCUCUCCCUCAGGAGUUGUUAUUGCUGGACCUCCUUCAGCAGUGGGGAGCCAGGAGGCCAGAGGUCAGCUUCUACCUCAGACACUGCCCCCCCUGGACACAAGGAAGUCAGCAGCCUUUGGAGCAGAGCUGGACCACAGAAGCAACAGAGAGCGCUAAUGACAGGGUUCCCCGUGUGGAGCUGACCCUCUCUGAGCUCCAGGAAAUGGCCACGAGACAACAGCAACAAAUAGAGGCUCAGCAACAGAUGUUGGUUGCCAAGGAGCAGAGACUGAGGUAUCUUCAGCAGGGGGGCAGAUCUAACCAGGGACAGACACAGUCUGAAGCUGAAAAGCUGCAGCGGCUGAAGGAGCGAGUGGAGACGCAGGAAGCAAAGCUGAAGAAGAUCCGAGCUAUGAGAGGACAAGUCGACUACAGUAAACUGAUAAACGGAAACCUGUCUGCAGAGAUUGAUCAUGUUAGCAGCCUGUUUCAGGAGAAGCAGGCAGAGCUGCAGUCCGCUGUGGUCAGAGUCGACCAGUUGACUCAGCAGUUGGAAGAUCUGAGAAGAGGACGCCUUCAACUGCAUUCUGUAACACCGCAACAGGGGGCACCCACAGGACCCCAGGGUGCAAACACUGUCCAGAAAGGUUCACCCCUGUCUGGCCCUGCAGCCAUGGAACUGAGGAAACUCUACCAGGAGCUGCAGGCUCGUAACCGUCACAACCUGGAGCAGAGCAGCAAGUUGGCACAGAACAAGGAGCUGUUGAACAAGAGGAACACGCAGGUCACAGUGAUGGAUCAACGCAUCGGAGACCUGAGAGAACGACUGCAUAAGAAGAGAGCCGAGUUGAGUCGUAUGAAUGGAGGCGUCCUGUCCUCCCCUCAAACCUCUUCCCACCCGGGUGUUGGAGUUUCGGGUCGAGUGGCGGCUGUCUGCCCCUACAUCCAGGUUCCAGCUGAAGGUAGACAGGAGGCAGGUUACCCCCUGCCAUCUGACCCGCCUCCCAAACCCACCCCACUCAGCCACAUCCGCUCCCUCUCAGAGGAGGACAGGAGUGGCAUCAGGAAGCCUCCCAGCCAAUGGAAAGUGUCAGAUUUAGACAUCGUCCUCUCAGAGCCCACUGAGACGUGGGAGGGGCCUCGGUCCCCCCAGGAGGGCGACAGUAACACCAAUGAAGCAUCAUGGCCUAGCAUCAGUAAGAGUGUGCCAGAUUGGAAGGCCAACAGUCCAGAACAGCAGCUUCCCUCUGGCUAUGGCACCUACCCCAGUGCCGCCCACCAGGCAGCAGGGCAUCACUGUGCCACCAGCUCCCUGCCCCGUUCUGCCCCUGGUACGCUGGGCUGGCCCCGAUCCAGUGCCGCCAAUGCCACCUCAUCCUCCUCUUCAACAUCAUCCUCUUCGCAACAAAUACAGCAGCGUGUCACUAUCCCUCCACAUCCAAGCCAAGGCUCUGCCACCACCUCCCAGCCGUCUCCACUGUCCCCACAAACUGAGCGAACAGAUCCUCCUCCAGCAGUGGCUGUACGUCCCUACGUCCCAGACCAUCCCUCCAGGCCUCAGUCCCCCAGGAAGGGCCCCGCCACCAUGAACAGUAGCUCCAUUUACAGCAUGUACCUCCACCAGCCUCAGUCUAAAAACUAUGGCUCUCUCAGCAACAGGACAACUGUCAAAGCAGUCUAUGGUAAACCCAUCCUCCCCACGUCCUCCACCUCUCCAUCCCCUGUGCCUUUCCUUCAGGGAGGAGUAGGGGGAGUGAGAACAGGAGGAGAAGAUGUUACAGAUAAAGACGGAGGAAAAGUAGGAGGAGGAGACAGCAACAAUGGGCAAGUCCUCCCUCCACCCAGCGUGGAUAACAUCCCUCGUCCCCUGAGUCCCACUAAACUCACCCCAGUUGCCCACUCCCAGCUACGUUACCAGAGCGAUGCUGACCUGGAGGUUCUCCGCCGCCGCCUCAGCAAUGCCCCAAGACCCCUGAAGAAACGGAGCUCAAUCACUGAGCCUGAGGGCCCACAGGGGCCCAACAUUCAAAAACUACUGUACCAGAGGUUCAACACGUUGGCAGGAGGCAUGGAAGUCGGCUCAGGCAAUACUUUCUACCAGCCUGACUGCAUUUUGGGUGAAAUGGACAACAUCCAUUCAGCCAAUGGGAAUGUAGAACCGGGUGACAAGCACGUCACUUUGGCAGCAGUGGAGGGCGAAGGUCAAAACCUGAACUCGGACUCCCGCCGCUUGUCCCCUCCUUCUGUUACUGUAGAAACACCCAAUGAGAAGACAACAGCAACAGCAGAAACGACCAAUAAAGUUUCUCCAUCGCCAAAACUCAGCCCACCCCCUGCACCUGAUAGACCAGAGGACCAGAAUAAUAAUAACCAGAGAGGUUCUAGUCCUGCCCACACCAUUAUAAGCCGCGCCUCCCCUGCUCCAUCACCACCUGCCCCACCUUCACUGCCCAAGACUAAGCGAACUAACCUGAAGAAGCCGUCAUCAGAGCGCACCGGUCACGGACUGAGAGUCAAGUUUAACCCUUUAGCUCUGCUGCUGGAUGCGUCGUUAGAAGGAGAGUUUGAUCUGGUGCAGAGAAUUAUAUAUGAGGUGGAAAAUCCCAGUAUGCCUAAUGAUGAAGGCAUAACUCCUCUUCAUAACGCCGUCUGCGCUGGCCAUCACCACAUUGUUAAGUUCCUGCUGGAUUUCGGAGUGAAUGUAAACGCAGCAGACAGCGACGGAUGGACUCCUCUGCACUGUGCGGCUUCAUGUAACAGUGUCCACCUCUGUAAGAUGCUGGUGGAGUCGGGGGCGGCGAUUUUUGCCACAACAAUUAGUGACGUCGAAACAGCGGCAGACAAAUGCGAAGAAAUGGAGGAGGGCUACACACAGUGUUCUCAGUUCCUCUAUGGUGUACAGGAGAAGUUGGGCGUGAUGAACAAAGGCUUGGUCUACGCUCUCUGGGACUACACUGCCCAGCAGGCUGAUGAGCUGUCCUUCAGCGAGGGUGAUGCCCUCACCGUGCUGCGUCGCCGUGACGACACUGAGACGGACUGGUGGUGGGCGAGACUUAAUGACCGCGAGGGAUACAUACCCAGAAACCUGCUGGGGCUGUAUCCAAGGAUCAAACCCAGACAACGUUCACUGGCAUAAAGCCCAGAUCAGUAGCCACGCGCACGCCCGAAGAGGCCGCAUGCACGCAGAAAAGAAGAGCAGCAGCGUGUGGGCGGACACAUUAGGCGAGAAAGAAAGAAGAAAGUGAUGGAGGAGCGGAAGGAGGAACAUAAAGAUGGAGCUCACACCUCUGAUGAAGCAACUUUUUUUUUUUUUUUUUUUUUGGUUUGUUUGGAUGUAACGCUGGAGCCACACAGCCAAAAUAUAUUUCCACUUAGUUGUUGCAGAAGUAAAAGAAAUUGCCUGAAUCUUAUUUUGAGCAACAGUACAGUAGCUUGACAGCUUUACAAGAGUUCAGCCGCAUGACAGACACCGAAUUUAAAAAAAAAUCUAAUUUGUCAUUUGGAUGCAGCUUCAAGUUCUACUUCAGUUCACCCAGCUCAGAACAUUAAAACAUGAGCUUUGAAUUAUAGGGCUCAAUCUAAUAUUCUUGACCUUUGAAUGUCACUUUAUUUUUGUAUGGUGUUGAUCUUGUAAAGAAAAAAAAAACAAAAAACAAACCAAACACCCAGAUUAUAAUACUAAGCUCAUGACCUGCAUAGCAAAAAGAUUUGCUCAUUCUCAAUCACAAUAAACAAAGUACGUUGUCUGAAAACUUGUCUUUCACACUGCGGUGUGAAGAUUUUAAAUGCAGUAAACUUACAGGUUAGAUCAGGUGAAAGUAAGUGUGAGAUGUGAAAUGUGAAGAUGGAGAGAGUGAAGUGAGAAGAGGGGAACAGACGAGGUAACUUUGAAUGUGUGUGUUAAAGCAAGUCAAGUUUUGUCAGGAAAGAUGUUAAAGUUUAGCCAAAAGACUAAAGAACAGAAUCCAACAAGCAUUUGAUGCACGGUGCCCGAAAUAAACAUCAUCCCACACGAGCACCAGAUGUUCACAAUUUAAUAUUAUGGCAUGCUAAAAAGGUUUGAACUGAUAUCAGAAGAAUAUUUUGGUUCUGAUUUCACGAAAUGAUACAAGGAGCGUCUCUGGACAAUUACAGAUGUCUCAACCUUUCAGUAUUGUGUAUUAAUGUUGACUCAGCACUGGCGCAUGCUGUCAUAACAUCUGUUCAACUUUAACAUGGUUGCUGGUACAGGAGAAAGAAGGGGAAAGAAAGGAAAACAAGAAAGUGGCUGGAAUGUUUUUUUGUAAAAUAUAAUGGAAUUUGUGAAACCAAAGUACAUAAAGUGGGUGUAGAGGUAACGGAGGAAAAGGAAUUGAAUGAUAAUUUCUUUGUAUGAAAAUAGCAUUCAGUCCACUGUUGCUGGAAACCAUUUCUAACCAAGUUAUAUAUAACACACAAGAACUCCUGUGGCUAUUUUUUGCUACUCCUUACAAACCCUGGAAAGAAACUCCUGCCUUCAGGGUUGAAUAUAUAUAUAUAUAAGUGUGAAAAGGGCUAAAUUAGCCCGGAGUGAGUGAAUAAUCUAAAGUGUGAAAACAACUUGAGUUCAUCUCUCUGGUUAUGAUUUUUUUUCAAUAUUUACAUAUUUGAGUAGUUGUAUGAAAUGUAUUAUUCCCCUGAUUU